AUGGACGUUGAAGAUAAACCAUAUUUUUCUAGUGUAGAGGAGAAAACUGCUUUCUGGAAGGAACUUUCCUUCAAGUAUAAACAAAGCUUCCAGGAAACUUGGGAUGAGCUACUUGAAUUCCACAAAACAAGCAGAGAAUUAGAAGCAGAGUUGGAGGCACAGUUAGUACUGGCUGAACAAAGUAAGAGAGACUUGCAAGCUGAUAUCCAACUGGCUGAACAAAGUAAGAGAGACUUGCAAGCUGAUAACCAAAGGCUGAAAUAUGAAGUGGAGGCAUUAAAGGAGAAGCUAGAACAUCAGUAUGCAAAAAGCUACAAGCAGGUCACAGCAUUAGAGGAUGAUUUAAAUCAGACUCGCGCCAUUAAGGAGCAGUUCCAGAAGUACGUGAGAGAGCUGGAGCAAACCAAUGAUGGCCUGGAGCGUGCACAAAGGGCAGCAGUAGUUUCACUGGAAGAGUCUGAACAAAGGCUAAAUCAGACCCUUGAAAGAAAUGCGUAUUUUGAAAGAGAACUUGAUGAAAUGGAAUCUUCGUUGGUCUCUGUGAAGAACUUAAAGGAUGAAGUAGGAGAUUUAAAACACGAACUAGCAGCUUGGGAAAGACAAGAAGUAACCAGAAAACAAACUCCAGACUGUGAAAAGACCGAUUCUGCUGUGCAAAACUUAAAGGAUGAAGUAAGAGAUUUGAAACAAGAACUAGCAGCUCGGGAAAGACAAGAAGUAACCAGAAAGCAAACUCCAGACUGUGAAAAGACCGAUUCGGCUGUGCAAAACUUAAAGGAUGAAGAAAGAGAUUUAAAACACGAACUAGCAGCUCGGGAAAGACAAAAAGUAACCGGAAAGCAAACUCCAGACUGUGAAAAGACGGAUUCUGCUGUGCAAGUGUCAUUUUCCUUGCCAGCCACUCCUGUUGCCAAAGGAAUGGAAAACAGUUUUCCUUCAACAAAAGCUAUACCAAACCGUUUUGGUAUCAGCCCAAUAACUCCUCCUGCCAGGACAUCAGGACUAAACAUCGUGAGGGAUCUCUUAUGGAAAGUAGGGGCAUUCGUAUCAAAAUCAACAGCUUGCCAGAAUUUUGCGGAGUUCGAAGCAUCACGAAAAUCCUGUAUUCCAUGGAAUGAUAACUGGGUUGAAAAUCGGCUACGGCGCAAAGCUCUAUCAAUCAGGGCAUUCGCCUUUGUUUAA